CGUGCUGCGGGUUCCGCCUCAGGAUGUCGGCGCCAGGCCGCAGCGGGGCCUCCAUCUUCGCGGCGCCCAGCCCGGGGCUCUCUGCCCGCGGCGCCCGGAUCCCGCUAACGAGGGCGCGCGGCGCUUCCCAACAUGGAGCCUCGGCGCGCCGCUGCGCCUGCACCCGCGAGAGCGAGCGAGCGAGGGAGCGAGCGCGGGGGCGUCACGGGCCGCGACCCCGGCGGCCUCCGGGCCUUCCCCGGCCCCGCCGGGCCCCGAGCCGUCCGCACGCGAAGGGCCGCUCGUUCCCGGACGAACACCGCGCCGGAGACCCGCGUCCGCUCGAAGUCGGCCGUGCGCACAGUCGCCGCCGCCGCCGCCGCCGCCGCACCACGUUCCCCACCCGCGGCUGCGUCACCGGGAGACACGUUCGCGGCCGGCGUGGAUCGAGCCGGCCCGCCCGAGAGCGCAGGCCGCAGGCCCAGAGUGCCGCCCUGAGGCCCGCCGAGCGCACGACACCCUCGUCGCCGUCGCGCUCCGCCUCCCAGCGCCUUGCGGGGCGCCCGGGGGCGUUCGUGCGGCUUCUGACCCGCCCAGGCCUGGCCGGGAUUCGUCCGGUUGCCCGCGGGGACGAGAGGAGGAGGAGGAGGGCUUGGAUGCAGGCCGCGGGAGCGCUGCCUUCCUAGUUCUACAGCCGUCAAGCGCCACAGCAACAUCCUCAGAGUCUGAGCGAACUGCGCCCAGAGCGGGCACAGAGCCUCUUACUGCCAGCAACCUGCGGCCCUGGAG